UGAUUUGCAUUAACCAUCAAAAUGAUGGCCUCAUCGUAGUAAAAUACUAGCAUGUCGGCUGUAUUUAAUUUUACAUUGAAGACGUCAACAUAGCGGACCAUGUAAGCUGUUAGUUUGACAUAUUUGUCCUUUAGAGAAUAUCUUUGUUACAUUACCUGACCGGCAGUUCUAGCUUGGACGAAGACAGUGGAAAGCAAUGACGCUCAGCAGGAUCUGCCGACAUCCUCUGACAUGUCCAGUUUCGCUCGCCAUCUUUCUGCUAAUUUUAAGUGUGCAGCUGGUGAAAACAGCCUCUGAAAAUGACCCCUACAAAAUCCUGGGUGUCAGCAGGAGUGCGAGUCAAGCAGAAAUCAAAAAGGCAUACAAGACCCUCGCAAGGGAAUGGCAUCCUGACAAGAACAAGAACCCUGGAGCUGAGGACAUGUUCAUUAAGGUUUCGAAGUCAUACGAGAUCCUGUCCAAUGAGGAACGAAGGUCCAACUUUGACCGCUAUGGGCAGACUGAUGAUAGCCAGCCCUUCGGCCAGUCACAGCAUCAAGGUUUCCGUGGCUUUCACAACAGCUUCUACUUUGAUGAAUCUUUUUUCCAUUUCCCCAGGUCCAGGGACUUUGCUGACAGCAAGUACCUGCUUCACCAUGCACAGUUUAAUAGCGACGUCCUCCCAGACAGCUACAAGAGGCCUUACCUGAUCAAAGUAACCUCUGAGUGGUGCUUUGCAUGCAUCCACAUUGAGCCUGUGUGGAAGGAGGUGGUGCAGGAGCUGGAGUCGCUGGGUGUUGGCAUUGGCAUUGUGGACCUGGGUUAUGAGCGUCGCCUGGCCAACCAACUGGGAGCCCACCGCGCCCCCUCUAUCAUCGGUCUGGUAAACGGCAGGGUGACUUUCUUCCAUCAGGCUGUGAUACGAGAGUACCUGCGACAGUUUAUAGACGACCUGCUGCCCCAAAAACUGGUGGAAAAGAUCACAGAUAACAACUACCUUGCUUUUCUGGAUAGCUGGCAUGUGGAAAAUAAGCCCAACGUGAUCUUGUUUGACCAGGUCCCUGUGGUUCCUCUACUCUAUAAAUUAACAGCCUUUGCUUACAAAGACUAUGUGCGUUUCGGCUACGUGGACCAGGGUGAGAAACACAACAAUCGGCUACUGCGGCAGUUCAACAUCAACACGUACGCCCCCACCAUGCUGCUGUUUAAAGAGGAUACUGAAAAGCCUGUUGAUAUCAUCCAGGCCAGAGGGAUGAAGCGACAGAUCAUGGAUGAGUUUGUUUCCAACAACAAGUUCCUGCAGGUGCCACGGCUGGUCAACCAGCAGCUUUUUGAUGAGCUGUGCCCUGUCAAGCAGUUCCACCGACGGAGGAAGUACUGUGUACUGCUGAUCACGGGGGAGGACCAAGCCUUCCUAACAGGCAAUAAAGCCUUCCUGGACUUUGCAUCAGUUAACAAAAAAGACGUGCUGCGCUUUGCAUAUGUAUACCAGCGGCAACAGCAGCCUCUCUGUCAGGCACUGCUCCAUAAUCAGGCUGCACACUCACCUCAGGUGGUGAUUCUCGAGAGGCGGAGCCAAGCGGGCAAGGUCAUGUACCGCUCUGUGAGUGGUGGCUGGAACGGCAGCGAGGAAGAUAAGUACCGCCUCCAUGAACAGCUGGAGAUCCUUCAGAAAGACCCCACCUAUCUCAGCUCGGACGCCACCCUGCCAGAACUCAACAACGAGAUGGCCCCUAUGUUUAUCGUUCAGUGGAUGAAUGCUGCCUACGAUUACGUCCUUCAAAUAUAUGAUGACCUUCUCUACUCAAACUGGCGAGAGAUGAUGCCCAUCCUGUCGUUGAUCUUCUCCGCUCUCUUUAUUCUUUUUGGCACCGUCAUCAUUCAGGCCUUCAGUGAGCCGGGUGAGAGCACACCCCGGAAACCAAAGCCGAAGGAGCAAACGCAAACCGAGGAGGACGCAUCAAGUAGAGCCAACACUUCGAGUCGUCCUCCUAAGAAGGACUUUGUGGAAGUGACGGAGCUGACGGACAUCACGUACAUCAGCAACCUGGUGAAGCUGAGGCCCGGCCACAUCAACGUUGUACUAGUGCUCACCAAUGCCUCCAAGAAUGCCCUGCUCAGGAAAUAUGCAAAAGAAGUUUUUUCUUUCUCUGGGACUCAGACGCUCCACUUCUCCUUCCUGAACGCUGAUAAGCACCGCCACUGGAUGCCAUCGCUCCUUCGCUCGACAUCUGACACCAUGCCGAGUCAUUCAGACGAGGAUGAGGAGUCUCCAGACUACGCUGGCCACGUCCUGGCCCUCAACGGCCACAAGAAAUACUUUUGCCUCUUCAGACCCGUCUUCUGCGGAGACGAUCCCAACGAGUCCGCGUCUGACACCUCCUCCUCUGACAGCAGGAGAAAGUCCCGGUCCAGGUCCAGGUCCAGCUCCCACUCUCGGUCCCGUUCCCAUUCCAGGGAAGAUGGGGCCGUACCCAAGAGGGGCUCAAACAGGGCCACAACUAUAGAAGUGCACCAUAAGCUCGACAGACUGGGACUGUGGAUGGAGAGGCUGAUGGAGGGAACCCUACUCCGAUUACAGGUCCCCGCGUGGCCCUCUCUUGGUGAAACCAAUUACUCCUCCACAGAGAGCUGAGGUCAAAGUGAACAGGUCAAACGGUAGCGCAUACAUGCCUAAUGAGGUUCUUCAGCAAGAAAACUGCAGAACAAUGUUGCAGUUUUCAAAUUAUAUUUUAAGUUCUGUUUCGCAGUGGUAGGUCGUGGCACUGAGCUGCUGCGACAUGUUGCAGACGGUUUUAUUUUACUUGGUACACGGUUUGAAGCAGAUGGUUUAGAAAGAGUAGUGUGCUACCACAAACCUUUAACACGCGCAUGAGGCAAAGGUUAAGAGUGAGCUGCAUGAUGUGGCUUCAUGUAAGAGACAAAAGGGGGGGAAAAGACUAAAGGAAAAAUCAAUACCUGUAAUACACACACACACGCACACACUACUCAUAAGCAACAUGGUACUAGCCAGCUGUGUGUGUGUGUCCAUGUAUGUACACAUUAAACUCGGUUCCUGGUAUUAUUCUUCUUUCUCUUUUCUCCUCUCAUCUCCGUACACUCAUUAGAUGAUUAUCUUGCUGCUUGAAGUGCUCUACUCUCUACUUUGAAUCUACGGACAGCAAGAGCCUCUAAAACUUGCCACGACACAUGACCACAUUUUGAGAGCCCUCUAUCAUGAGUCUUUACUUCUGACAGUGGGUGGAAGCAGGUUUAUAUGAAUAAUGGUUUGGACACUUAGCCUAAUGUACUGAAUUAUUAAAUAUACUUUUUGUUUUAUUGUUUUUAGAUUUUUUUUUAACUUUUAGGACCUUUCAGUUAAGAUUAUUGACAUUGAUUGCUGACAUAGAGAUUAUAGUGCAUUAUUAGCAGAAAUAAUUACGUAGUCACAUGACACCAUCUGCAUUUCAUCUACCAAAAGAGUUUAUAAUUAAAAAGGAUUUUUUUUCCUGGUGAUAUCUACUCGGAGCCAAGUUGCUAUGUCCUGCUGCUGUUUUGGGGAUUUAAUAUUUAACAUGCUGUCAGCCAAGUUUCCAUUCUGAUAAAGUUGUGUAUUAUUUUGGGUAGGUAUUGCCCAAAAUAAAAUCUGCCUUUUUUGUCUUUUAGCUGUAGGACUUUGGGCUGGUUUCACCUCUUUUUUUUAUUUAAAUGUAAAUAAAAACUCUCUGAAUCAGGGGGAAAUGAUGAAUCCCAUCUUAUUGAACUUGCCCUAUUAAGCCUGUGCCCUUAAACCACUGUAAAUGUCAAUGCAUGGAAUAUGUAGACCUAAAAUCACUAACCAUUGUUAAGUGAAUUUGCACUGGCAGGUUUAACCCUUCACCCUGUCUCUCUCCCCCUUUUACUCUGUAAUUGAAUAACUUGCUGCUAAACUAACAAUAUUUGCAGUACACUGUAACUCAUUUUUUCCCCUUUUGUUUGUCCGUGUAUAUCCAACUGUAAGAACUGAAGUGUAAAUUAUUCAAAUAAAAACUCCUUCUAAAAUGUUUUAUUUAUUAAAA